CUCCUAGGCUGAGACCUUGGAGCAAAAAAGGAAAGGGGCGCCUGGCUGCCUCAACUCUGCGCUUCUCUCCCUGGGGAGGAAGAGGGAAGAGGAGAGGGCGCAGCCUGAGGCCAAGUUCAGCCAGUUUGUGACUUGAGCCUGAACGUCCAGACGAAGAGAUUUCCAGGACUCCAGCAUCCUCCCGCCGGCGGCGCAAGGCAGGAACCGGGUUGACAAGCUUGGGUCACCUCCGAUUCGCCCCAAGUUUGAGUGCCGCCCGCAGGUGGUGCAAGCGCCCCAGCUCUCUGGCGCCCCCUGCUGGCGAGAGGUAAGGAGGCCGCGGCUGCGGAUCCUCUGGGCACAGCGCAGGGAGAGAGCUCCGGCGCGGAGAAGAGGCCCGGAGCUUCCUCGAUGGUGCCGCCGCCUCCUCCGAGCCGGGGAGGAGCAGCCAAGGGGCAGCUGGGCAAGAGCCUGGGGCCGCUGCUGCUACUCCUGGCACUGGGGCACACGUGGACCUACCGAGAGGAGCCUGAGGACCGCGACAGAGAGGUGUGCUCGGAAAACAAGAUCACCACGACCAAAUACCCGUGUCUGAAGUCUUCGGGCGAGGUCACCACGUGCUUCAGGAAAAAAUGCUGCAAAGGAUAUAAAUUUGUUCUUGGACAGUGUAUUCCAGAAGAUUAUGACAUUUGCGCCCAAGCUCCCUGUGAACAGCAGUGCACGGAUAACUUCGGCCGAGUUCUGUGCACGUGUUACCCAGGGUACCGAUAUGACCGUGAGAGACACCAGAAGCGGGAGAAGCCAUACUGCCUGGAUAUUGACGAAUGUGCCACCAGCAACACCACUCUGUGUGCACACAUCUGUACCAACACCAUGGGCAGCUACCGCUGUGAGUGCCGGGAAGGCUACAUCCUUGAGGACGAUGGGAAGACAUGCACCAGGGGAGACAAAUAUCCCAACGACACUGGUCACGACGAGGAGAAGUCCGAGAACGAGGUGAAAGGCGAGGGGACUUGCUGCGCCACCUGCAAGGAGUUCUCCCAGAUGAAGCAGACGGUGCUGCAGCUGAAGCAAAAGAUUGCUCUGCUUCCCAACAAUGCUGCUGAACUGGGCAAGUAUGUCAAUGGUGACAAGGUGCUGGCCUCAAACACCUACCUUCCAGGACCUCCUGGCCUGCCUGGGGGACAGGGGCCUCCCGGCUCACCAGGACCCAAGGGGAGCCCUGGAUUCCCCGGUAUACCAGGCCCUCCUGGACAGCCUGGCCCACGGGGCUCAAUGGGACCUAUGGGACCAUCCCCUGACCUGUCUCACAUUAAGCAAGGCCGGAGGGGUCCUGUGGGCCCACCGGGAGCACCAGGAAGACAUGGCUCCAAGGGGGAGAGAGGAGCACCUGGGCCCCCAGGGUCUCCGGGACCACCAGGGUCUUUUGACUUCCUGCUGCUUGUGCUGGCUGACAUUCGAAAUGACAUUGCCGAGCUGCAGGACAAGGUGUUUGGGCAACGGACUCACUCUUCUACAGAGGACUUCCCCCUACCUCAGGAAUUUUCCAGCUACCCAGAGACUCUGGACUUUGGGUCCGGGGAUGACUACUCUAGAAGAACUGAAGCCAGGAACUCUGAGGCCCCGAGAGACUUCUAUCCAUAAUGCAUCCCAUGUCUUCACGCCACCAGAAGAGGAGCGAGCCUGCGGCCAGUCAUAGCAUCUGAAGAAAAAUACCACUGGAGGCUGGAAGCCUUUGUCUUCACUGUCUUUCUGCCUCGUCCUUACUCUGCUUCCAAACCCUGUUUUCCAAGUAUCCUG